AUGAGUGGACUGAGGUCUCCUGGGCUGCUGGGGCUGGUGCUCUUCAUUUUUCUCUUAAUGCUCUCCGCAGGAUAUUGCAAAGAGAAAACUGACUCCGCAGAUUUGAAGGACAGACAAAGUCUCUUAGAUCUGAUCAUGGAGAUCAUUCAGGAACUGAAAAGGUACCACCUGGAGAAGGACGGCGGGGUGCAGUACUUCUCCAAACACGACUAUAACUUGGAUCGAAGGGAAGUGGCUGACUACGGAGGAUACCAGGAUGAGCAGAGAGUUGAAAUAGUUCCCAGAGAUCUGAGGAUGAAAGACAAGUUCUUAAAGCAUUUAACAGGUCCACUGUACUUUAGCCCAAAAUGUAGUAAACACUUUCAUCGGCUUUAUCACAAUACAAGGGACUGCACCAUCCCAGCAUACUAUAAAAGAUGUGCCAGGCUUCUUACUCGGUUGGCAGUAAGCCCGAUGUGCAUGGAAGGAUAA